AGAAUAGAAAAGGACUCGGCUCGGUCUGCGUGCAGAGGCAGAAUUGCACCGUACUACGUCUGGGAAUAUUCGUGCACAGUGGAGAACGCGCCUCACAUCUCCUCUGCUUUGAAUAGUGGUGGAGCCAACGAGUUUCAAUUCAACAGUAGCCUAACCGAAUGCUAUUCAUGGAUCAUCUUCUCCGGAACAGGAAGACUUCUAGGUGGUCAUCGCUGGGCCAACAGUCUAUUUACUGCAAGGACGAGCUACUGAAUAACCACAGCCUGAGUCAACAAGGUAUCAAGUUACCAUCCUAGGGUGUCUGUGUGAUGCCCCCUACUAGCGGGUCCCCUCCCAGUGUGUGAUGCAUCAUGGCUCCAGUGCUGAGUGCCUUGUGGGAACUGGGGGUCGUGGGGUCAGGGGACACCACGGCGACGCCCUUAAGCAAUGUGCAGCUGGUCCUAGUGGGCACCCUGAUGACCAUCUCUGUCUUCUUGCUGCUCUCAAUGCUACUGCUGCUGUGUGCAGGCUGCCAGGGGCCAAAGAAAUCAAAUUGCCGCCCAGUGGCCCACGAGAACCUCAUGAAUGGAGUGUCUGAGAGAGAGACAUUUACCGGUGGUCAGUCUGUGGACAGCCAAGGGAUUGACCUAUUGGUGAGCAGCUCACACAACGGCCCACUAACCAGUGAUACAGUGUUGACAGACACCCAGGACAGCAGUCCCCAGCCCUCUGAGGAGAUGCUGUCCAGUCAGUCCGAGCUGCGGAGCUCCAAGUGUCCCCAGGACCGCGAGCUGCCCAGCAUCCCACCCAACAGCACCCUGGAGGGGAUGGGAUCUUCCAGCGGACCCCUUCUCCCUCCCUCUGGAGAUGGCACCUACGAGGUGGUGAAGGAGAGAGGUGGCCACUUGACGGCGUCCAGGGACGUGAGCGCUGAAGACUCCCUGUACGAGACGGUCAAGGAGCUGAAGGACCAUCCAGGAAGCACGGCUGCAGGUCUCCUCAGCAGAGAUGGUGCUACGUCUCCCCUCAGCCCUGAUGACAAUGACGUUUCCCACCACCACCACAACCACCUCCCACCUCCCAACAACCCUCCAGCCCUCCACAACGGCCACCUCAGCCCUGGCUCCCCAGAGCGGGGGCCCCUGUGCGCAGGAGUGGAGUACGCCUCGGUGGAUCUGAACAAGAAGAGCCGUUGCAGUGCAGACCUGGAGGCCAGGCGCUCAGCCACCAUCACUGCUGCUGUGAGCCCCACAGAGGAGCCCGAGGAGGAGGACAGACCACCGCCUGUACCUGACAAAGUGCUGGAUGAGAACGACAACGAGCCUACCAUGAUGGACGCAGGAGCGGUGGUGGUACUGGGGGCCGCGCUGCAAAACGGAGAGUUAGACUUUCCGCUGUCUACCUCACCGGGGCGAGACAACCCUGUGGUGUCAGAGAGCGAGCUGUCAGACAUGUACUCCACGGUGGGGAAGCCAGGUCUAGAUGUGGAGGAGAAGGAGAGUGACUACAGCAGCAUUGCUGAUAUCAAGGGUCUGGUCCCCGAGUAUUCCUCCAGUGAUCUCUACGCUACCGUCAGGGACAUCUACCCCCAGCCCAGAGAGGGGGAGUCAGACCCCCAGGGACCCCCCACAGAGAGCAUCGAGCCUGGCUACGAGAUCAUCCACAUCCCUAAGACUGGCAGUGGAGAGGAAUUGGGACUGGGGAACCAGGUUCAGGAGCCAGACUAUGAGAGUGUAGAUGAGCUGGCCCUGGGGUUGAACAGGGAGAGCUCCCGUCUCUGACUGCCUAUGGACCCUAAAGCCUGAGUCUCUGGGGCCUCACCCUCCACCCCAGCCAUUAACCUCACUCCUAGCCUCACCCUCAACCCCAGCCAUUAGCCUAACUCCUAGUCUCACCCUCAAACAUUAUCCUAACUCCUAACCUCACCCUCAACACCAGCCAUUACCCAAACUCCUAGUCUCACCCUCAACCCCAGCCAUUAACCUCACUCCUAGCCUCACCCUCAACCCCAGCCAUUAACCUCACUCCUAGCCUCACCCUCAAACAUUAUCCUAACUCCUAACCUCACCCUCAACACCAGCCAUUACCCAAACUCCUAGUCUCACCCUCAACCCCAGCCAUUAACCUAACUCCUAGCCUCACCCUCAACACCAGCCAUUAGUCUAACUCCUAGCCUCACCCUCAACCCCAGCCAUUAACCUAACUCCUAGCCUCACCCUCAACCCCAGCCAUUAACCUCACUCCUAGCCUCACCCUCAACCCCAGCCAUUAACCUCACUCCUAGCCUCACCCACAGCCCCAGCCAUUAACCUCACUCCUAGCCUCACCCUCAACCAUUAUCCUAACUCCUAACCUCACCCACAACCCCAGCCAUUAGCCUAACACCUAGUCUCACCCUCAACCCCAGCCAUUAUCCUAACUCCUAACCUCACCCUCAACACCAGCCAUUACCCAAACUCCUAGUCUCACCCUCAACCCCAGCCAUUAACCUCACUCCUAGCCUCACCCUCAACCCCAGCCAUUAACCUCACUCCUAGCCUCACCCUCAACCAUUAUCCUAACUCCUAACCUCACCCACAACCCCUGCCAUUAGCCUAAAUCCUAGUCUCACCCACAGCCCCAGCCAUUAACCUCACUCCUAGCCUCACCCUCAACCAUUAUCCUAACUCCUAACCUCACCCACAACCCCAGCCAUUAGCCUAACACCUAGUCUCACCCUCAACCCCAGCCAUUAUCCUAACUCCUAACCUCACCCUCAACCCCAGCCAUUAGCCUAACUCCUAGUCUCACCCUCAACCUCAACCCCAGCCAAUAGCCUAACUCCUAGCCUCACCCUCAACCCCAGCCAUUAUCCUAACUCCUAACCUCACCCUCAACCCCAGCCAUUAGCCUAACUCCUAGCCUCACCCACAACCACAGCCAUUGGCCUAACUCCUAGUCUCACCCUCAACCCCAGCCAUUAUCCUAACUCCUAACCUCACCCUCAACCCCAGCCAUUAGCCUAACUCCUAGCCUCACCCACAACCACAGCCAUUGGCCUAACUCCUAGUCUCAACCUCAACCCCAGCCAAUAGCCUAACUCCUAGUCUCACCCUCAACCCCAGCCAUUAUCCUAACUCCUAGCCUCACCCACAACCACAGCCAUUGGCCUAACUCCUAGUCUCAACCUCAACCCCAGCCAUUAGCCUAACUCCUAGCCUCACCCACAACCACAGCCAUUGGCCUAACUCCUAGUCUCAACCUCAACCCCAGCCAUUAGCCUAACUCCUAGCCUCACCCUCAACCCCAGCCAUUAUCCUAACUCCUAACCUCACCCUCAACCCCAGCCAUUAGCCUAACUCCUAGCCUCACCCACAACCCCAGCCAUUAUCCUAACUCCUAACCUCACCCUCAACCCCAGCCAUUAGCCUAACUCCUAGCCUCACCCUCAACCCCAGCCAUUAGCCUAACUCCUAGCCUCACCCUCAACACCAGCCAUUAGCCUAACUCCUAGCCUCACCCUCAACACCAGCCAUUAGCCUAACUCCUAGCCUCACCCUCAACACCAGCCAUUAGCCUAACUCCUAGUCUCACCCACAACCACAGCCAUUAGCCUAACUCCUAGUCUCACCCUCAACCCCAGCCAUUAGCCUAACUCCUAGUCUCACCCUCAACCCCAGCCAUUAGCCUAACUCCUAGCCUCACCCUCAACCAAACUCCUAGCCUCACCCUCAACCCCAGCCAGUAGCCUAACUCCUAGCCUCACCCACACCCACAGCCAUUAGCCUAACUCCUAGUCUCACCCUCAACCCCAGCCAUUAGCCUAGCUCCUAGCCUCACCCUCAACCCCAGCCAGUAGCCUAACUCCUAGCCUCACCCACAACCAGCAGCCCUGAUGUGAGGGACACCACCACAUGGUUCUGAACUACAACCUUCAACCCUACCAUCUAUCACCAAUUCAGGGUUUCCACUCACUGCCCCCUCAGUGCAGUUUGGGUGCUCCCACCGCCCAAGGUUAUCUGAUUGAACUAUAAUCUUAACUAGCCCUCGUCCAUUCAUGGUGCCCUUAAAUUACUGAACUAUGAAAUCACCGUCCAUUGUCAAGUUGUUGGCCUCCGCCCUCUUUGCUAUCAUCGACUGCUGUCAAUGUGAUUAUCCAUCACCAUCAUCCCUUUAUCAGACUACAGAGUGAUCCAUUCCUAGGCAUUUAUAACCAGUCAUUACAAACUGAGUUAAUGUUAUGAGGCUGGUGACAAGCUGACUGGCCAGUUCCAUUUGUCAGUGCCUUUUGAUUGAAAACCACUUAGCCUUUUGUGCCAUAAUGUCGUUCUAUAAAAGUAUGAGUUUAAAGGUUUCCCCACAAUGUAGUUUUUACAUCAUCCCUUCUUCCUUCCUAUGUGCCCCGUUUCAUUCAGAACUUCAUGAGAGAUAUGAGAGAUAUGAGAGAUAUGAUAGAUCUGAGAGAUAUGAUAGAUAUGAGAGAUAUGAUAGAUAUGAUAGAUAUGACAGAUAUCAGAGAUAUGGGCGAUAUAAGAGACAUGAGAGAUGUGAUAGAUAUGGUAGAUAUGAGAGAUAUGAGAGAUAUGUGAGAUAUGUGAGAUAUGUGUACUUACAUACUAUUGAAACAAUAAGUAGCAGCAAGUCAGGCAUCUAGCAGAAAGUUUAGACAUCUAAACUCGAAAUAGAACGGCUUGUUUUAGUUUCUAAAGCAUUUUAAAAACAUUUCACAUGUCAACCGUUUGAUCAAAUUCCUAUUUAUUUCAAGAUGAUGGAUCAUUGUGUGAUUUAAAGGAUAUCAGGAAGGUUGUUUGUUUAUGAGGGAAACUUUAAGAGCUUUUGUUCUGUACAUGGGAUAAAGAGAAGAAGAAGUAGGUUGCCGUGGUAAUAAAGUAGUAGUCAAGGUACUCAUAAAUGAUUGUGACUUUAAAAAAAGGACUUAUUCGUUCAAAAACAAGACAAACAAUGGUGAGACCAUAUCUAUCAAUGUUGUGAUUUCUUCUUAAAAUCUUGUGAGAAUUGUUCAACUCAGUUGUUUUUCUUUUUUAUAUUUCUUCACAGGAUUCAAAAUGUAUUUAAAACACUUGUAUUCUCUCAAUGUGACAAUAUGCUACAGCAAAACUGUGUGCGUUAAUGCAUCUGAUUUGAUGAAGGUCUAUAUUAUGUGUUUGAAUGGAGUGUUUAUGUUUCUGCUUACCCUAAUGUACGGUCUGUAUUAAUAUGUUAGAAAAUGAUUCUAAAGCACAAAGUGUCAAAAACGUUAUGGUACAGCUUGUGUUCAGAGCUUAUAGCAGCUUCAUCCUAAAUACACUGAGUGGACAAAACAUUAGGAACACCUUCCUACUAUUGAGUUGUCCCCCAUUUUGCCCUCAGAACAGCCUCGAUUCAUUGGGGCACGGACUCUACAAGGUGGGUGGUGGACCAUUCUUGAUACACACAGGAAACUGUUGAGUGUGAAAAACCCAGCAGCGUUGCAGUUCUUGACACACUCAAACCGGUGCGCCUGGCACCUACUACCAAACCCCAUUCAAAGGCACUUACAUUUUUUGUCUUGCACAUUCACCCUCAUAAUAGCACACGCACACAAUCCAUGUCUCAAUUGUCUCGAGGCUUAAACAUCCUUCUUUAACCUGUCUCCUCCCCUUCAUCUACACUGAUUGAAGUGGAUUUAACAAGUGACGUCAAUAAGGGACCAUAGCUUUCACCUGGUCAGUCUGUCAUGGAAAGAGCAGGUGUUCCUAAUGUUUUGUUCCCUCAGUAUAUUUACCCCUUCAUGGGCACAAUUUGAAUAUUUGAACUAGCACUAUUACAGCAGCAUGUGCCGACAUGCCAACCGAGGCCUGUAUAUAGUUACAGAACUAUUUUAUCCAUUUAUUACACAGUUAUUGUAUGAAUUUGCGAAUGGUAAAGUAUAUUUUGUGGUAUGUAUGACUGUGAUGUGGACUGGUUUAUAGUGGCUAUGAAACCACCUACAGUGCAGUAAACCCACGGUGUCAUUUGAAGGGUAUUCAAUAGGAAAAGUGCGCCCCUCACUCGGACUGUGACCCAACUAUUGUUGAUAAGAUACCGUUUAUGAUUGAAUGGUGGCUCACACAUGUUUUGGGUUCUGUAUUCUGUUUAAUUACCAGGACACCGACGCAUCGGUUAUUUUGUUCUUUCAUCUUAUUAAUAUGGUACAUUGUGGUGUUUUAAAGCUUUUUAAAACAUGAAGGUUGAAGCUGCUACUUUUUCUUUUUUCUUUUUUUAAGAACAGAAAAUGAAUUAAUGUCUGAAUGAAUAUUGUUGUGUGGUGUUUAUUUUCAGACUAAGCGAGUAAAUUCUGACUGUGAAUAACUAGCUAUUGCAUUGAUGAUAUCUACGUUCGACAGGAAAACACUGAUAUUAGCCAAUUUUCCAUCCCAUUUCUCUGUUAUCUCAAUAUUGGACAUUAUUGUUGUACGCUGAGUGAGUGAGUGCAUAUUUCAUUAAACAUGUUCGAGUUUGUAUAA